CUGAUAGAUGAAGAACACCCUUUUCGUUGUGAUGGGAAGAUUUGAAAAAAAUCAAUAAAGGCAGCGAAUCGCCAUUGUUGCAGUUGCGAAAUGGGAGUUGCAAGGAAGGAAUGGCGGUUUCGGUAGCAGACAUGGCGGUUCCUUUUCGUUUUUCUUCUUUAUCGGGACAGCACCGAAGUCGCCCAUGAUAUUCUGACCGGCAAAAAUGUUAUUAAGUCAUCGACGGCUGUCGAUUCUUCCGGCCGGAUUCAAAAUAUCGGCAGAUGACAAUUUAUCGCGUAAAUACCGCGAUAUUUAACAGUAUAUCGUAUAUCGUCAAUUUCAAUUUCAAUUUCAAUUACUCGUCAAUUUCUCGCGUUUCGAUUUUGGUUUUGAGAACACGAAACGUUUCGCGUUUCGACGUUUCAGAUUACCCGUUUCUGCUUCCGCGGGGGUUUUUUCAUGUUUUGCCCAGCCGUUCUCUGCCUCAUACGGCCGCCGGGGCGGUUAGUGGUCGCGGUGUUAAAGCACCUUGUUCUACGUCCUGCUGCCGCCGGAUUUCCCCCGGCCUUUCCUUUUUUCCUCCACACCGUCAUAAUUACUUGAUUACCGAUUCGAUCCAAGGCCAAAUCCAUCAUAUCAAAUCAAACUUUCCCGUUUCUGGUUUUCGCGGGAGUAUUCCUAGUUUCCCCACCCGUUCUCCCGGCGACGGCGGCGCUGCCGGUGGUGUUGGUAUUAAAGCAUAUUCUAAUUCUUCUGAUCCGUCGCCGGAUUUUACCCGCCUUUCCUUUUCUCCUCCGUUCCUUUUCAUCAUUAGUUAUUCCCAAUUCGAUCCAAAAUGAAAUCCCUCAUAUCAUAUAUGAUAUAUCCAUAUCAAAUCAGAUUUUUCGACCGGUACACUAUCUCUUGAUCCGAUGAUGUGUGGUGGGUACUUGAAAAUUCAAUAACCCACCGAGCUAAUUCCUCCAAUGCCGCCAUUGCUGGGUUCUCCAAAAACAAGGUCUCUCUGUUCUCUUCUGUUCAUUCACUGAGAGAUACAGAGUUAAAACAAGAAAACCAGAGAGGUUCUUUGGUCCUUAUGUCAGACUUGCAGGAACUGCAGUUUGUUUUCAUCUCAUUAGCAUUAUAUUGAUCUAAAUCUCUUGCUAAUGAGUGGAUACAAGUUAUCGACAGUCGACAUUGUGAAGCCUUUGAGGAAGGGGGAAAAAAAAUCACGGGUGUGAGCCUCUCUGAGAGUCCGAAGCUUGGAGUCCAUUGAUGGAGCACCAUGUAGUGAUACACAGCAGCACCCUUGGAUCCUCAAUCGUAAGUCAUCUGGUAUUCUUCAUUUUGUCAACUAUAAAUCAGUGAUGUGCAUAUUUAGAAGUUUAGGGGUUGAUUGAUUACUUCUCAAAGUUAAGGUACUUGUCCAUUUUAUAAUUUGGAUGAUUCAUUAGGCUUUGUUCAAACACAGUAGUAGUAGCCGGCAUGGCCGGCCGAGAGUAACAUCAACUAUGAGUGAAUCAUCCGUUAAAUGAGUGAACCGAUGCCUUUGUCCUUUACAAUACUUUCUUGGUUGUUUGACCUGUUAGCUGGUUGGAGUUCCAUUAUGCAGACAUCACAGGAUGAUUCUAUUGUCUUCCACCAGCUGAGUCCUCCCCUUUCUCUUCUUUCCCCAGCUCCUAUGUACAAUAAAGGCGAUCAUCAAAGGAAAUCUGUCUGCUGAUUUGUUCUGAGAAGAAAACUUUCAGACCCAUCACAGAAAAUUGAUCUGGUGAGAGGUAAUUGGUGUAAUCCCGUUCUCUAUUUGAUUGAAGUUGUAGUUCCUUGGUAAAUAAAAUAUUAUGUUCCUUCUGUAGAAGAUGAACUAGCUAGUCAAAAUUUUCAUUAUAUGAUCAUUGAUCAAACCUUGUGUCUGUUUCAGAAUCAGCUUCAGGCCCGGGAUGCUCAGGUACUGAUCGAACAGCGGUUUGUUUCCUUAAUGAAAAACCAUAGAACUCUCAAUAAGGUAAAUUUCUCCACCAUUUCUUUGCUACUUGCAGAUCAUGUCUUGGCUGAUUAAACUGAUUUGUAAAGGUUUCCAUAUUGCUUUGUUUCAUUUUCCUGUUUGAUUGACCCUUUUCAAUCUGUGCUUGUAGUGUCCUCAGACAUUCUAGUGGGGAGUGGGGACGAAGAAAUGGCAUCGUCUUUGGCAGAGUUGCUUCAAGAGGAUGGCUUCAAAGGAAGAAGAUCAAGGAUGAAGGCAAGGGCCUCAUUCAAAGCAGAAGCUGCUGCAAGUAGUAGGAUGCGUGGAGAGCGACAAAGGAUGGAUCAUAUACCGGCUGGGUCUAGAAUCAGAACAGAAAGGGCGAACUCUGACAUGCAUCGCUACAAUUCGAGAGGAGGCGGUGAAUCUUCAGGAAGUAGCGAUGCUGGCACGAGCAGCAGAAAUCCCCGUGCUGGGGAUUAUGUGGCUAGUAGAUUCAAAAAUGAUGAAGAAGAAGGUAACUGGGAUAGAAUCCACAGACGUUCUAACAAGCCAACGUCUCACGAAACAGUUGAGGUUGGUAAGAAAGAAGAUGACAAUGAUGGCAGAAUUAAGGACAUUUAUUCUGAUAUGGUAAAAUAUGCAGCCAGUAGUAGUAGCCAUGGCAGUGGGAAUAGCUCAUAUGGAAAUGGUAUAAGAGCUCGAAAGGACAACGAAGCGGAUAGGAGGAGGAGGAGGCCUGCUGAAAAUGUCACUCCUCAAGUUGCUGGUUUUGCACUCGAUGAAGUUGCGAUCCAAGCCAUGGUCUCUAUCCUUAAUGGAUACAGUAGACGUUUCUUCAAAGAUGAUGAGUUCCGGACCAUGGCACGUUACAAUUGUUUCUCCUCAUUCAAUUUCAACGAGAUUGAAGAGAUCGACAGCAUUGAGAGGAAAGUCAUUUCCAGUCUUGAGGAAGCCGUUGAUACAGUGGAGAAAGCAGCAGCUAAGGAUAAGGAGGAGGAGGAUUUUGUGAGUGCGAAGGAUCUGAAGAGAGCCGCAUUGCAGCUCAGUGUGAUCACGGGUUUUAACUCAAAUGAGCUGAAAGAUGGUUACACAUUUGGAGUUCCAAACUCGAGGUUGUCUGCCUGUGCACAUUUCUACCUCAGUGUUGUGUACAAGCUGCAGAAGAACAAGGACAGAAUUUCAGCCAAACAUCUUCUCCAAGUGUUCUGCGAUUCUCCAUUUUGGGCACGGACAGUUUUGUUGCCUGACCUGUGGGAAUAUCUAUUGUUUCCCCAUCUUUCGCAUUUGAAGUCGUGGUAUAACAAAGAGGCAGAGUCUCUACCGUGCACACCAAGCAAGAUACGGAAAGUUAAACUCCUUGACAAAGUUUACAAUGAAACUCUGGAUUCUGGUACUUACCAGUUUGCUGUCUACUACAAGGACUGGCUGACUGAGGGCCUUGAAGCUCCUUCUGUUCCUUCAAUUCAUGUGCCUUCAUUGUCAAGUCAGAGCCUGUCGUCACAAGGGGGUUCCAAUGAUCAUUCUCCAAGAAUCUACGAUGCUAUAAAUUCGAGUAAACUUGGUCAUUCCGAGGCAGGAGAAAGUGGGGAUCAUGGAGGCAGCUCUGUGAAAAGUGCUAGGAGCUCUGAUGAUUCUGGUGUUCAGGUUAAAGAAGCACUGACAACAACAUUCUACUCUGAGAGGGGAAAGGAUGUCAAAUCCCUUCGUGGUCACGGGCCAUUAGCAGCACCCCAGGAAGAAUGGAAAUUGGCUGGAGCAAGAGAAGAGCAGGAAACCGAUUCAAACGGUGGAAUGUUUAGUUCUCAAGAGUGGCAUGAUGCUUCUACCCGGGGAACUGCUCUUGUAUUGAAUGCAUCUCCACAGUCUAAAGCAACAAAUGAGCUAAGACUCAAAGGUCUCUUACAAUCUGUUUCUGGAGUGCAACGCUUUAACGAGGCUAGUGAUCUCACUGUGAUGAGUCCAAGGGCUGGUUAUGAAUUAGAUUGUGAAUAUUUUGAGGAAGGAUCAUUCUAUGCAAGCAUCCCUCAGGACUUUAUCUGUCCCUUAACUGGAGAGUUGUUUGAAGACCCAGUGACUCUAGAAACCGGACAGACAUUCGAGAGAGAAGCAAUUGCAGAGUGGUUUGAUCAGCAGGGAAACUGUGCCUGUCCAGUGACGGGGAAAAGUUUAGAAUGUGUGAACCUGCCACUUACCAACUUAAUUCUGAAGCGAAUAAUUCAUAACUGGAAGCUGGAACAUUGCGGUCAGUUGUUGGCUUUAGCCUCGGAAAUCAUUAGAACUUCAAGGGAAUGCGAAACAAGGCAACGAGAUGAGACGGCUACAUUCAUAUUGGAGAAGCUCCUGACAACAUUCAAUGUAGAGGAGCGAGUGAAAAACGCCAUACAUCUCGUCUGUCUAGGAGGCUUGGAGUUUCUCAUCAGAAGGUUUGCACUUGGAAAUGUAGAAGAGAAAUCACGUGUUGCAUUGCUUCUGUCAUGUUGCAUUGAAGCUGAUUCAGAUAGCAGAAGCCUGAUCGGCAGAAACAUCGAUAAGCAGUGCCUCGUUGAUUUACUUCACAGCAAGCAGCCUGACUCCAGACGAAAUGCAGUUUCCCUUUUCACCGAAUUAGUUUGUCUUAGCAGGAGGAGAGAUGUGAUGUUAUUCUUUCGAGACUUGGAGGACGAGAAGAUAACCAGUGUGAUGCAUGUGUUGCUACUUCAUCUUCAGGGCUCCCAACUUGAGCAAAAGCCCUCUAUUGCUGUACUGAUUUUGCAUUUGGAUCUUUUGGUUGCACCUCAAAAUUACUACAGCAUUUAUAGGGAGGAAGCAGUUGAUGCUAUGGCAGUGGCCCUCGAAGGCAGCCUAAUCGAUGACAAGGUUCGGGAAAGUACUUGCAAAGCACUUCUCAUGUUAGGUGGCCAGUUUUCUGCUGAAGGCGGGCAGUCGUCCUUCAUUAAGAAUUGGGUUCUGAAGCAAGCUGGACAUAAUGCUAAUACUACAUCUGGAGCGAUGAACUCUCAAGGAGCAACAUGUUUUGAUGACUCUUUUUCUCAGGAAGAAGAAGAAGAAGAGGAAGAGGAGGAGGAGGCAGGGGAGGAGUGGUUGAGGAACUUGUCAGCAUUGUUGCUCAGCAAUGGAAAGAAGUCAUUUCUAGACUCCAUAUCACAAUGCUUGAACUCGGGCGGUAAAUCGGAUUUGGUGACGGUAUGCCUAAGCACCAUUGUGUGGUUGAGCUGUGCACUUUCUUCUGAAUCGGAUGCCGAAUUUCAGCUGCUUGCGUUCUCUGCCCUGAUCUCUGGUCUGAAGGACAACUUGGAGAAUGGUGAGCAGGACGAGCACAAGGUCCUGGCUUCCAUGUCGCUGCUGAAUUUUAGUAGAAUUCCAGAGUGCAGGGUGAUGUUGAGUACAAUUGCAGAAGACAUUACAGGUUCGCUUCGAAGCCUUUUCGGCGUAACAUGGGCAGCGAAACAGCUCCAUUCCACCAUCUCUGGAUAAAUUGCAUAGCGAAGCUUGUGAGAGCAAAAUGAAGCUCUUAGAAAUGAAUGGAUCUUCUGUUAACGGUCACUCGAUAGAUAGACAGACAGACGAAAGCAAGUGUUAAUUGGCUGCAGAGAGUAGCAUGAAAGUAUAAUCAUCCAUCAGGACGUGAAAUAUACUACUGACGGUGAUGUAGAGACCUCUGUUGUAAUGCAAAUUUGGUUUGGUUUGGUUUGGUUUGGUUUGGUUUAGGAACAUUUUGACGUGAAUUUUUUGGAUUGUUCAUGCACAUUUGUAUAUACAUAUUUAGUUAUGGAUUGUAUCAUGAGAUAUCUCUUUAUAUGAGUCUCGCCUAACUUUUAUUAUCCUCCUUAAUUAGAGAUUUAAAAUCAAUUAUUCUUCUCCUGGUUUUGUGACGGAUCCCUUAUUCAAACCAUCGAAAAAUCGAAUCGAGAAAGAUGGAUUUCCAAUAUAUCUGCCUACAUAUCAAACCCCACCAAACUCUUGCCACUUCUCUCAUGGGUAUAUGUAUAAAGACAAUUCAUAAACAUAUUUUUAUACUAUGUUUGUCUAUCUAUUUGUAUAAACUAAAAAAACUCUUAUAUAUUUUCCUCCUUGAUUAGAAUUUCAAAAUUCAAUGUUCUUUCUUUUGUUUUUAUGAAAAAUUCUUUAUAACAAUCACGAAAAAGGCGAGGGUUAUUUCCAAUUUACCUUCUUUUAUAAUAAAUUAUCAUAAUCAAACCCGACGAUAAACAAUCGAUAAUAAAAACAUAGAUUAGGAAUGUAUCUUCCAGUAAUAUUAUAAUAGGCUAUAAGAAGUAACUAGAAGUGCUCCCUAUUUGCUGACAAUUACGUCCUAAUGUAUACAAUUAACUUGUUCCUCCAAUGGCUGUCCUCGGAUAGCUACAUUAGUUUUGCCCUCUGCCGAAUAAUGCCUUCAACCACUUCCGCCAAGAACUGCAACUUGGAAAGCAACCUCUGUAUAUAUUUUAUUGUCUAUGUAUAUAUUUGUUGGAUUGAUAACUUCAAAUGGUUGGCCAAGUCAUUCACUACGAUUAUAUAUGCAAAAAUCGACUGGAUCGUAGUUGAUAAAAUUAUAGGAAGGUUAGGCUUUAGGAUAACGUUAAAGGUAAUGAUAGUGGUGUUACAUACUUCUCAUAUAUAUUUUUUUUAUCUUCUUAUAUUAUUGAGGGGGAAUAAAGGUAAAUUACAAAAUUCAUCAUGAAAUCCAUCAAACAAACAAUGGUUUUUAUCAAAUCUAUAAUGAACUCAAACUCCUCACAUAUCCAUGAUUUUUCAAAACCCAAAUUAUACCAAAACCUUCAUUUUUCAAAUCCACGAAACAAAUGGUGUGGUGAUACUAUAUAAAACGUCAAAUGCAUUAGUUUACUUGAAUUAGCUAGGACGUGUAAAAAAAUGUGAUGAGUAAAUCUCUCUAACAAUCCGGUUACUCAUUUCUAACUCAUAAAAAUUUAAAUUUACUUCUUGUAAAUGAUGAAGUUAUAAAUAGUGAUGGCAAUGGGUGGGGCGGGUACCUCAAUAUCCACACUACUGCUUGUCGGGGCGGGUAAAACCCGUGCAAGUACGGGGCGGGACGGGUCAACCCACUCUUACAUGUUAUUUGAAAAAAUUACACCCAAAUUUAUUUUUUGCGAUAAAACGAAGGAGAAAACACUUUAUGAAUGAAAAAUAUUGAUAGUAUAAUGAGUAAUUGAGUCUAACAAGAUGAAAGAUUGAUUUUAACUAGUUGAAGAACAGUCAAAAUAGGAGAAAUAUGUAUAGAUACCGUAAGAAAUUGAGAUAAAAUAGACCAAGAACGGGUCGAGGGCGGAGUAGGACGAGUCGGAAGUAAAUACACAUAUCUCGUCUCACGCUACUGCGAAUCGAGUAAUACCCGUCCCAUCGCGGGUCGCGGGUUGAAAUUGACAUGGUUAUAAACAUUAUGUUUUGGACGAAAGAAAGUCAUUUAUUAAUGGAGCCAUCUGAAAUACGAGUAAACUUAUUGUUAAGUA